AUGGCGCCUCCGUCAUUUAAGAAGCGGAAGGUCGAAGAUGGAAUGAACGGCAGAACCGCGAGACCAAAAAAGAAGUUCAAGAAACAGCGGAUAUACCACAGCAGCUCGGAAGAUGAAGGAAACGAUUCAGACCGUAACGAUGAAGGGUUUACCGCAGUCAAUCUGCAAGACUCUGAUAGUGAGAAGGAAGAGCACUUAAGCAAAGAGAACCAGAAGCAAAAUGUUUUUGCGGAUUCGGAUGAUGAAGAGCCAAUUGCUACGGCCACAGCUGAGAGAUCGCACCCACUACCCGACGAAGUUGCAUCCUCAGAAUCAGAUUCGUACGCUGCAUCUUCUGCCGCCUCGGCCUCCGGCUCCAACAUAGACUCGGACGAUUCUCUUUCCGGCACAGACCAGUCAAGAAGCACCCGCCGUAGGAAGCUUUCCAAACGAAACGACCCCACCGCCUUCUCAACCUCCAUCUCCAAAAUCCUCUCGACAAAACUACCCACCGCCGCCCGCGCAGACCCUUUACUCUCGCGAAGCAGAUCGACAGCGGAAACUACUUCACAGCUCGCAGAUAAAAAGCUCGAGAGCCGCGCGCUUGCGAAACUGCGGGCUGAGAAACGGGAAGUGCUGGAACGUGGGCGGAUACGAGAUGUCCUGGGGGUGGAAAGGGGGGAGGCUGGCGAAACUGCGGAACAGGAGAAGCGACUGCGGAAGAUUGCUCAACGCGGUGUGAUUAAGCUGUUCAAUGCAAUGAGGGCGGCGCAGGUGCGAGGAGAGGAGCUCGCGAAGGAGGAGAGGAGGAAGAGGGGUAUUGUUGGCAUGGCAGAGCGGGAGAAAGCAGUCAAUGAGGUUAGCAAGCAGGUGUUUCUAGAUUUGAUUAAUGGGAAAGGGGGGAAGGGCUUGAAUAUCGAAGAGGCAUGA